AUGCAAGCCAUCCGGCAAACCCAACUCCUCAACAAGCGCGAGCUCGAAUCCGCCACUCCGCCCUCCGCCUCCUGGCACGCCGACUACCGCGACACUGCCUGGAUCUACAUCGGCGGCCUGCUCCCUGAACUCUCCGAGGGCGACGUGUCCAUCAUAUUCAGCCAAUUCGGCAAUCCCACACACCUGAACUUGAUCCGCGACAAGGAGACGGGCAAGUCGAAAGGGUUUGGGUUCUUGAAGUAUGAGGACCAGCGGAGCUGUGAUUUGGCGGUGGACAAUUUGGGUGGAGCGGAGGUGAUGGGGAGGAUGUUAAGGGUGGAUCAUAGUCGGUAUAAGAAAAAGAAGAAGAGGGAUGGAGAGGAUGAGGAGGAUGAGGACACGUAUAGGAUUGAGAUAAGGGAGAGGCAGCAGUUUGGUGGUGAGACGGAGGAUGAGGAGACGGAGGCCGAGGACGAUGGAGAUCGAAAGCGGAGGAAGAGGAGGAAGUUGUUGAAGGAGGAGGUCGAGUUGCAGGAGAUGUUGGCUAUCGAGCCGGCGGAUGGGGAGGAGCAGGAUCCAAUGCGCGACUUUUUGAUUCGGGAGAAGAGGGAGGAGGUUGAGACAGCGAAGGCUCGUGAGAAGGAGAGGCGGAAGCACAAGCACAAGCACAAACACAGAACAGAUGCGGACGGGAUGGACGAAAAGUCUAAGACCAGACACCGACAUCAUCGUCGAGACGAGCCUCACAGUGGCGAUGAACGUGAUCGAAGGCGUGGUAGAGAUGAUGGGUAUGAGUCGAAGACAGAACCCCGGCGUCGUGAGGCUUCAGACGAGGCGGAUUUCGGUAAAUAUCCACGAUCUGGCAAUUCGGUCGAAAAAGAUCGAGGCUCUCGCAGAGACAGGACACGUCGCGAGGACGAUCGAUCGAAGUCGCGAUCAAGAUCACGAAGCCCGAGACGCAGAUGA